AUGGAGUUUCGGAUCUAUAAAGUGGUAUUUGGAUUUGGUUUUCAUCCAACAACAAAAGAGUACAAGGUAGUAAAGAUCAUCUAUUAUAGGGCUAGACCUCUAAGAGUACGGAAUCUUGGUGGAAUUUUUCCUCCAACGUCACAGGUUCAGAUUUUCACUCUAGGCAGCCUUACUUGGAGAAGUCUAGGGAAUAUCUCUUACAGUAUUUUUCAAAGAUCACCACGGGUCUUGGUUGGUGGAAGACUUCAUUGGCCAAAGAGGGAUGGUCCUGGUCGCUCGCUCAUUUCCUUUGACCUAGCAGACGAGCAAUUUCGAGUCGUCCCACAGCCUGAUUGUGGUGGCUUAGACAGCUGUAGUUUUUCUCUGGCGGUUUUAGGAGGUUGCCUCUCUGCUGCUGUUCGUCGCAAUUAUGGGCAACUUGAAAUAUGGGUAACGAAGGAUUAUGAUGUCAAGGAGUCUAGAACCAAGGAAUUUAGCGUUGGAAUUCACGUGCCCAGAGGAUUGAGACAUGAUGUAGCUAUAUCCCUUAUGGCUUCAAAGUUCUAUUACAAUAGCACAAUUUUUCGUGUCUUAUGCCUCAUGAAAAAUGGUAACAUCUUGUUGGAGAGAAAUGGCAGAGGUUUGGUUGCUUACAACCCAAUAAGUGGAACAUUAAAGGAACUUUUGUUCAAUGGAAUGCCAGAGUGGUUUGAAGCUGUUGCUCAUAAGGGUAAUCUCACUCUCAUUGAUACAUAG